GAGCACGAGGACACCCCGUCAUGCACCGCAGUCAGAGCCCCGCGUGCCUCCCGCAGCUCCCGCAGCUCCCCACGCUCCUGCUGCUGCUACUCGGCGCGGGACAGCUGAGCCUCGCGGGGAAACCUCUGCUGGUGUUCCUGAUCGAUGGAUUCAGACACGACUACAUGGACGACCUGCACGCGCUGCCGGGCUUCAGAGAGCUCGUGAGCAACGGAGUGAAGGUGGACUACAUGACUCCGGAUUUCCCCAGUUUAUCCUACCCGAACUACUACACCCUGAUGACAGGUCGUCACUGUGACGCGCAUCACAUGACAGGAAACUACAUGUACGACCAAGUCUCCAAGAAGGAGUUCCUGAUCGGGACCAACCCUGACAGCCGUCUUCCUCUGUGGUGGGAGGGGUCAGAGCCGCUGUGGGUCACUCUGCAGAAACACAACAGGAAGGUGUUCAUGUACUACUGGCCAGGUUGUGAGGUGGAGAUUCUGGGUGUGCGUCCGUCGCUCUGUUUGGAGUACGUCUACAACCCAUCAGAGAAAAACCUCACAGACUCUAUCAAGAGCGCUCUCAAUGUCCUUGGGACCGGUGAGGCGUCCAUGGCAGCCAUUUAUUACGAGAAGAUCGACGUGGAGGGUCAUCACUUCGGUCCCGACUCUCAGCAGGUCAGAGUGGCGGUCAAACAGCUGGACGCCGCCAUGGAAACACUCAACAAAGAGAUCAGGGACAGGGGGAUGGAGCAGCAGCUGAACGUGGUCCUGUUCUCCGAUCACGGGAUGACCAAGCUGCAGUGGAUGGAGAAAGUCAUCGAGCUGGACAAACACAUCAACAUGUCCGAUAUCACAAAGAUGCUGGACAGAGGACCCGUGGUCAGCCUGUGGCCUCAAGAGGACAGGUACCAACAGGUGUACUCUGCUCUCUCUCAGGUGCCUAACAUGCGGGUGUACAGCAGGGAGGAGGUCCCUGAGCGUUUCCACUUUAAAGGGGGCAAGUUUGUGCCCCCCCUCACGCUGGUGGCCGAGCCCGGCUGGUUUAUCACCGAGAACAAGAAGACCCUCCCGUACUGGAAGAAUGACUCAGGAGAGGCCUCGGCGUGGCAGAACGGCUGGCAUGGCUACGACAACGAGUUCAUCGACAUGAGAGGAUUCUUCCUGGCUAAAGGACCUGACUUUAAGCGUGACUUCCGUGCAGCUCCAAUCCGAGCGGUGGACGUCUAUAACCUGAUGUGCUGGACUUUGGGGGUGGAGCCUCUGCCUAAUAAUGGCUCCUGGUCCCGGGUGGAGUACCUGCUGAGUAGCUCCAGUGGUCCGACCCGCCCCUCCCCCCUGUGGACAUGCUGGGUGGGGGUCUUAGGAGUCCUGCUGGCUCUGCUGGACUACAUCUAACAGCUGCAGAGGCUGAAGCAUCUGAGACAGGCUGACCUGGAAGAGCUUCCAGCAUUGUUAAGACCAAUUAACCUGAAGCCUUGAAGAACCUGGAGAGUUUUCCAGGACCUCAUCUUGACCUCCUAACAGAGGGGAACAAAGAUCCUUCCUCAUGCUAACAGAGACUCAGAGAGUACCUCAGCCUGGACCCUAUGAAUGUGUGUUCAUGUCUUCACAUGGCUUCAAAAAAUGUCCCACAAAGUGUAAAACUUGAAUCAACUGUUCUGUGAUUUCAGCUCAGUUUGUGCUUCUGUUUCAGUUUCUCUGAUAUUUGUCUUACUGUUGAUCAGAAAUGACAGUUUGACUUUAGGUCCUCUGUUAAACUCUGAGUCUCUGAAUCUUUACUGUCUUUUUAUAAAUAUGUGUUUUUCUUACAGAACUUUUACCUGGAAAUCUGAAAAAAGUGCUCCAUAGAAAGAUAAUAUCUCAGUUGUGUGUAGCUGUGUCAUAUCAAAGAUUAACAUUUAAAUCUAUUUCAGUCUCAAAUACUUGAACAUGUGCUCUUCUUUUAAGGAAAUGUAACGAGGGAUAACGUCAUUAUUAGCAUCUCUGUGUCAUACUGGAGCAGGUGCUGAACCUCUCUCUCUCUUAUCAGUGGCCUCCUGUUAUUAGAUCUCAUUUCUCCAGGUGAGAGGAGGGGGGUCAUGUUUUUAGAAUCACAGUGGGGCUCUUUUUAACAGCACAUGCUGCCUUCAGACGUCUGUAACAGCCAGAGUGAGUUUUAAAGGGUGUAAGAAAUAAAGUUGAAUCAUGUUGGAAA